UUUUUUACAUAAUAAUCUUUAAUAACCCACGAAUCUGUUUCUUUUAUUUGAUGGAAGGAGCUUAUAAUUAAAAUAUUUCCUUUCAUUUCUUGCCGUCUUUUGAAUUGAUAAAAUUUUUCUUGGAGAAUUUUUAAUUUUGAAUAUUUAACGAUUAAAUUCGUGAGAUACCUCGAAAUUAUAAAAGAGACUGGGGGAGGGAAUUUAGGCUGGUUUGAAAGAAUUUUUAAAAUUUAUCAAGUCAAAAGCACUCGAAAAUUGCUUUUAUAAGUAUUAGUGGAUAAUAUUAGUGGAUAUUUUUAUUGGUUUAUAAAUUCUUUUUUGCUUUUCCCACCAUAUCUGGCAUUUUCUCAAACAUUAAAAGUCUAGUAUGGUUCGGCCACUUUGACCUCCUUUAAGUAAACCAAAAAUGAGCAAGUUAAAGCUUUGACCAUUUUAUUUCGUAGUAUUUGUGUCAGUGGGUUGGCAGAAAGAAAAAAGCAAAAAUGCAAGAAGAGAAAAAUAGGAAAUCAAUGGGUAUAUGCCGCUAUUCUUUUUUGUUAUUGCCACCUUUUUUAAGUAAAUUUCUUUUUAAAAAAAUAUAUUCAUCAUAUUUUGCUUUAACAGAAUUUUCUCAUUAUUUUUAGCUAAUCUACUAGAUAUUUUUUAAUAAAAAAUGAUUUUUCAAUGAUGAUUCUCUCUAAUAAUUCAACGUCAAAUUCUGGCAAUUAUCCAUCUACUUUAAUGAAUGUUAGUGGAGUCCAACCACAAAACCCUCCAAAUAUAGCACCAAAUCCAUGGGUUAUAACUGCACAAGAGCAUAGACAGAAUGAAGGCCAGUUUGUUGUGUUACGACCAAUUGGUGGGAUGAUUUAUGGUGAGCAAGCAAGACCGUUCUUUCUAAAAUCUGGACUUUCGGCUUCGGCUCUUGCUCAGAUUUGGCAGCUAUCGGAUUUGAACAAAGAUGGUAAACUUGACAGGCUUGAAUUUUCUAUAGCUAUGAAGUUGAUCCGUAACUGUCUUGCUGGGUUGCAAUUACCUUCUGUACUUCCUGACAGUAUGCGCCAAAUUGUUGGUGAUAUUCCUCAGACUGGUCAGUUCCAAUUUAAUGGCGUUGAGAAUGCCGUGCCGGCAAUGCAGCAACCGCAAAUGCCCCCGAGACCGAUGUCAACUUACGGUAUUUCUACUAGUUAUCGACCGUCGCCUCCUUCGGGCAGUUAUUCCGCAGCGCAAACGCCAACGAUGCCUCCUGCUACUUUUGGUGCUGGCUUACCAUUCCAUAUGGGAACAAAGGAGAUGGGAGAUUGGAGCUUACCUCAGCCGUUGAAACUACGUUUUUGUCAACAAUUUAAUCAAUUAGAUCGGAGCAGAAUUGGCCUUCUUACUGGACAACAAGCGCGUGGUGUUUUGGCUGAAAGUUCGUUGCCGACUCAUGUGCUAGCUCAAAUUUGGAACAUGUCAGAUGUUAACAAGGAUGGUUGUUUGGGUAUUGAAGAAUUUUGCACAGCGCAAUUUCUUAUUGAAAUGGUUAAGUCCGGUUAUGCACUCCCAUCUAGAUUGCCCAAUGAACUCUACGCUUUUUGCAGCAGGAGUAAAACUGUUUCGCCUUCAACGGUCCUUACUCAAAAUGAUCCUGAUGCUCCACCACCACAAAAAGCUGGCAGCGGUGGGGGUCAUUUUAAAACUUUUGAAGACAAGCGAAGAGAUAAUCUCGAUAAAGGCCAAGCAGAGCUUGAUAGGCGCAGGCAAAUACUUAGAGCUGAGGAAGAACGUCGUCGUGCUGAAAUUGAGCGACGUGAACGCGAGGAAGCGGAACGGAAAGAGCGGGAGAGACAAGAGUAUGAACGUCGUCGGGAGGCAGAAUUGGAAAUCCAAAGAAGAAGGGAGUUGGAACUGGAAAAGGAGAGGGCAGCAGAGGAGGAACGGAUGAAAGCACAGCGGGAAGAAGCUCGACGUAGACUUGAAAUUGAGCGUAUUAAGGAAUUGGAAAAGAUUCGAGUUCGUGAUUUGGAGAAUCAACUAGAUGCUGAAACAGAAAAAGCAACUCAGAUUCAGCAAAGGCAUCGAACUAUUUCCUUUCAGAUUCAAGCGUUAGAUGAGCGUUCUCAGCAGCUCAACGGUGAUGUUACUGGAGUACGUGAUAAAAUACUCGAAAUAACUCAAGAGAUUGAAGGAAUGAGAGAAUUACGUGACGAAAAAUGCGCCAAAAUUCAAGAAUUGGAGCGUAAGACUAAAGAGCUGACGGUGCAGAGUGAACGAUAUAGUCAUGAGAAUCUGCAAUUACAAGCAGAAUGUCAACGUUAUCUUGGGAAGAGUAAUGAAAUUGAUUCUAUUCAAAAGGAAUCUACUUCCGUUGAGGAGGAAAUAAAACGGCUGGAAGAUGAGACUCAAGCAUUGGGAGUUCGGACGGUUAAUCAAGAGAAGCUUGUACUUGAGAAGCGACCUGAUUUUGAGAAAAGUUGUGCCGAUUUUGAGAGUCUUCAACUUGAGCACAAAACAUUACUUGCUCGUUACAACAAAGUCCGUGUGGAAAAAUAUCCAGAAACUCAAAUCCAACCAUCAAUUACUACCCCAAAACAUUAUGAGGUACCUCCAGAUUCAGCACGAGAGCGAAAAGCAUCCAAGGAUAGUAACGCUUCUGGAUUUGACGACGACUUUGUAUCUGUUUUUGGAAACGCUGCAACCACUUCUAAAAGUGGCGAAAAACAAAAUAUGCUUGAUGGGCAUGUUCAGAACUCGCAAAAUGACACUGCUGGGAAGUCUUCUAUUCAGCAAAGACAAGACAGCAUUCCUGGAGCACAGCAAGACGCUUCGCAUAUUUUAUUAUCAGCCACUGCCGCUGGACUUAAGACAAUUAAAUAUAAGGCACUUUAUGAAUUUGUUGCUCGAUCUAAUGACGAAUUAUCAUUGCAACCGGGAGAUAUUAUUCUUGUUUUUGAAGGAUAUCAAUCUGAACCUGGAUGGCUUGCCGGCCAAAUUCGUGAUAAAGUUGGGUGGUUUCCAGCUGCUUUUGCUGAACCAGUCAACAUUCAAUUACCAGCUAAUUCAGCUCUUAAAAAAGGCAACGCUUUAUCUGGCUCGCCUUCAACUGAGCCAUUGGCCAGCAUUCAAGAAGAGGGAACUUUCUCAAAGAGUAUUUCUCUUAAUGAUACAACAAAUGGUGGAGUUGCAGCUGCUAAUUCUUUACUUAGUACAAGUCAUUCAACUAACGCCUCUUUUGCAUCUUUUUCUGCUGGUGCUUGUUAUGAUCUCCCACCAUGUGAUGAAAAGUCGAAUAAUAAAUCUUUGCCUAUUUAUGAAAUGCCGCCGUCAGACGAGCCAGUCAAAGGAGGAGAUGUGAAUAUUUUGGGUACUGGUAUAGCUCUUUACCAAUGGAAAGCUCGAAAUGAACAGGAAAUGACUUUUGGACGUGGUGAUAUAAUUGAAGUUUUAGAGCAAGGAGAACUUCGAUGGCGGGGACGGCUUCAAAAGAAUAAACAAAUAACUGGCUGGUUCCCAAAGAGUUACAUUAAACUCGGCGCUACAUCUCUAUCUGCAAUAGGUGGAAACGGUGUAGUGACAACCAAUUCAAAAAAUCCAAAUCAACAAAUAAAUGCGGAAAAUGUCGAUAACGUUACUGGGAAAAUGACAAAUUCAGCUAUAGAUGGGAAGUCGAGUGGUGAAUGGUUUAUUGCUUUAUAUCAAUUCGAUGCUGUUGAGCCAACAGACCUAUCAUUGAAGGCUGGUGAUCGUAUCUGGGUCACUGAUCAACGAGAACAAUGGUGGCGGGGUACUUGUGAAGGCCGAACAGGGAUUUUUCCAGCAAAUUACGUACAGAAGGUCUCGGCUGCUACUGGAACAACACCAAUAGCAAAUUCUGUCAAAGAAAAACAAACUGUUGGGCGAGCGAUUGCUGCUUUUGAAGCAACUGCUUCAAAUCAAAUUUCUUUACAUUUGGGCGAUAUUGUUCGUGUUCAUCAAAUAACACCAGGUGGUUGGUGGGAAGGAGAAUUGGAAAGAAAUGGUGAAAAGCAUGUUGGCUGGUUCCCUGGUAAUUAUUUGCAAGUAAUCUCGGAACAUAAAAACGAUGCUGAGACAAAAUCAAUUGCUAUUGCCGCCUUUGACUAUCAAGCACAACAUAAUGAUGAGCUUUCUUUCAAAGCUGGCGAUGUGAUUGAAGUACUCGAUAAUUCUGAUGCCCAAUGGUGGAGGGGACGGAAACAAGGUGAUGAGCAACAACAACAACAGUUGCUUCUUUUUCCUGCUAAUUUUGUACAACUUCGAUGA